UUAUAAAAAUUAAUCACGUCUUCUUGACCCCCAAAUCUCUCUCACGCACCCUACAAACUGUCAUCAGAACGUGGGCAGUGGACUUAGAGCGCUCCUUUCGUUUUGACUCGAGUAGUAAUUGAAGCGCUAGCUACUGUUUGGUUCCCGAGAGAAUCAAAAAGAGAGAAAGGGAAGGAAAGUGUGCAAGAUAUAUAUUUGAGGAAAUGGCCGUGGGAGGUUUCGCCGUUGACGGGCCUCUGGCUGUCACUGGCGUCGAGGGCAAGAUAACGGUUUCCGUCGUGAUCACGUGCAUCGUCGCUGCGUCUUGCGGCCUCAUAUUUGGUUAUGACAUCGGAAUUUCAGGAGGAGUGACAACAAUGCCAUCAUUUCUGAAUAAAUUUUUCCCGUCAGUGCUGAGAAAGGAAGCAGGAAGGGCCCCCAAAAACAUAUAUUGUGUGUAUGAUAGUCAGGUUUUGACGUCCUUCACAUCCUCUCUCUACAUAGCUGGUUUGGCUGCCUCUCUUGUAGCCAGCCGUCUGGCCAGGAUAGUGGGCCGAAGGAAUGUCAUGGUGCUGGGUGGGUGUACCUUCUUUGCUGGGUCUGCUAUCAAUGGUGGGGCUGUCAAUGUUGCCAUGCUUAUCUUGGGCCGUAUCUUGCUUGGAUUUGGUGUUGGGUUCACAAACCAAUCUGCACCAAUCUACCUCUCAGAGAUCGCACCACCCAAGUGGCGCGGCGCAUUCAGCACAGGCUUCCAGUUCUGCAUCGGAAUCGGGGUGGUGGCCUCCAACUGCAUUAACUACGCCACCUCGAAGCACAGCUGGGGCUGGCGCCUCUCCCUCGGCCUAGCCAUAGUCCCAGCCAUCAUCAUGACCACCGGCGCCCUCUUCAUCUCAGACUCACCCACAAGCUUAGUACAACGCAACAGACUAGACCAAGCCAGAAAAUCUCUCAUCAAAAUCCGAGGCAAGGAGGAUAUCGAAGCAGAACUUGCCCAGCUAGUUAAGGCCAGCGAGAUCGCCAAAGCUCUCGACGAGGAGCCAUUUGUGACCAUAUUUCAGAGGCAGUACAGGCCUCAGCUUGUGAUCGGGGCCAUUGCCGUGCCCUUUUUUCAGCAGCUCACUGGCAUUAAUAUCAUUGCUUUCUAUGCGCCUGUGUUGUUUCAGUCGGUAGGGUUUGGCAACGACUCUGCUCUCAUUGCGUCUAUUAUUCUUGGGUUGGUUAAUCUUGGCUCGAUCCUUGUGUCGACGUACAUGGUUGAUCGUCAUGGCCGGAGGUUUUUGUUCAUGGAGGGUGGCAUCCAAAUGGUCAUCUGUCAGGUAUGUAUAAUUUUACCUUGAAAAAGAUAAUACAUUUUAUUUGAGUAUGAAACCCUUACAAUUAAAAACUGAUUGGGUUUAUGGUCAAAGGUCCUAGAAUGAAAGCCACUAU